AUGAAUUCAGGAGUUGAGUGGAAGUGUCUGGCUCUUAGUGGUCGAGAGCCACAGCUCUCACCUCCUGAAUCUACAGACGUAAAUGACGAUCCCUUCAGUUCUCUCGUCUCUUUUGAUGGCCUGAAAGAAUCUGUCCGUCAGCUGAGAGACAAACUGGAGGAUUUCUGCAAAGAGGAGCUCAAGAAGAUCUCAGACAGAGUCACAUUCACCAACAUUGUUCCCAGGACCAGGAACGACUUCCUACAAUAUUCCCAUCAGCUCACUCUGGAUCUGAACACAGUAAAUAAAAAAAUCAGUCUGUCUGACAAUAACAGAGUGAUUACUGUCUAUCGCACAGAGACUGAGCCUGAGCCUGAGCCUGAGCCUCAGCAGUAUCCUGAUCAUCCAGACAGAUUUAGUUUCUGGGAGCAGCUGUUGUGCAGAGAGAGUGUGUGUGGACGCUGUUACUGGGAGGUUGAGUGGAGCAGUUUAGUGUUAAUAUCAGUGUCAUAUAAGAGCAUCAGGAGGAUAGGAUUGUGGAAAGAGUGUCAGUUUGGACGUAAUAAUCAGUCCUGGUGUUUGAUCUGCUGUUCGGACAGUUACACAUUCAGACACAAAAACAGAGAGAUUGAUUACUUUGGAAUGCCCCGCGGGUGUCGUAGAGUAGCAGUGUAUGUGGACCACAGUGCAGGAACUCUGUCCUUCUACAGAGUCUCUGACACAAUGAGCCUCAUCCACACAGUCCAGACCACAUUCACUCAGCCGCUCUAUCCUGGGUUCGGGUUUGAAGUUUAUUAUGGAAGAGUUAAACUGUGUUGAUGAAUCAGAAUAGAGUUAUGUGAAAUUCUACCCAAAAUACUUUAACAUCUCACUGUUACUGAUUUCUCAUGUAGUUCAGAGUCUCUUCUGAAUGAAUUCAUCAUUUAUAUAGUGGUCAUUAUUGUGUAUUCUCAAAAUAUAUUAUGCUAUUUUACUCAAUAUGAUAUUAUUUUACUUAAACGUAUAAUGUAUGGUCACAACAGCAAUAAAUAGACUGAUCAAAAUGUUGAUUGUUAUAAUACUGGAUGUCUUACCACAGAUUGAGAGUCUCAUGUGUAUUCUGUUGGGCAGUACUGGUGAUUUUCACUGGAUCAUAUCAGUGAACUUAAGUGAACUCAUGAACUUUGGGUAACUUCCAAUUUAUGAUGUAUGUCCCAUGUGACCACCUCCAACCAUUUGGAGAUGGUGAAGUAAGGGUCAUUUUUAAUUGGGAUGGAGGAGUCAAGAUCAUUAUGACCGAGAUAACCAAACUCCACCAUUGAAGAUGGGCCAGGUGGGCUCACCAAAACAGAUAGGAGUAACCAGAAUUACCAAUUUUGGUGAGCAUGGAUAGGUUUAAGAAGGGAUACCCGAACAGAC